CCAAGGACCAUCUUUUACAUUUCUUACUCCACUCCUAGCGAUGAAAACCAGUGGAGCGUGGGUAUGCCCACCACACAAUGCAGAAUUGGCUCAAAAUAUAUCGUCGAACAUUUCUACAGAUCUAAUCCACUACGUAGACGAGGAAACGAAAUACACCAGGCUCAAUGAAUUACAGGGAAGUUUGCUUUUGGCUUCAAUCGUAGAGGUCCUGUUCGGAGCAACAGGAGCUGUCGGGAUACUUCAAAGAGUAAUUGGACCAAUCACAAUCUCCGUUACAGUCUUCCUCUUGGGUUACUCCCUAUAUCCCGUAUCCAUAUAUUACAGCAACAGCUAUUGGCCAAUUGCAAUUAUGAUGGAGAGCUAAUAGCUAAAACAAGACGUGGAUUAAAGAGGUAUGCUGAUAUCCACAACGAGCCAGGAAUAAACACUAUAUUACGUUUGAGCGCUAAGGAAGUAUCCCAGCAGCAUGUAUUGGACCUCGUAGAAAUGUUUAAACACUCAAUAUAUUGUAAAAAUGAAGCAGUUAAAUGCAAAUUAUGUGAUAAAAUAAGUGAAGAUAUUAUUCUCCAUUUCCUACUAGAAUGUCCAUGUUUAUAUUUAAGUCGUGAUGUGAUAAAAUGAUGGAUGGUGUUGUUAAUGCUAUAGAACUACUAUCGUAUGUAAAAUUUUCAGAAUUAAGCAAUGAAGAUCAAUGUAGUUUUUUACUUGGUGAUCGCUCAAACGUAUAUUUAUCCGAUAUAAAAUGGGAAGCACUGUUAUUAAAUAUUCUAGAUAUAUCAAUGGAAUGUUGUACGAGAUGGAGAAUUGAUUGUAAUGAACUUAAAAUAUGAAAUA